AUGCGACUGGGUGGCGGCGGUUGCCAGGCGACGGGAGCUUCUCCGAGCCACCGCGGCUCCCGAAUGGGAACGUAGAACCGGUUAUUUAUUGCGGGCCUCGACCACUGAGGGUCGUCUUCUCCGAGCUCCCACGAUGUUCUUCUAUCUGAGCAAGAAAAUUGCUGUGCCCAAUAACGUGAAGCUGAAAUGCAUAUCCUGGAACAAGGACCAAGGGUUCAUAGCUUGUGGUGGUGAGGAUGGAUUGCUGAAAGUUUUGAGAUUAGAGACACAGACAGAUGACUCAAAAUUGAGAGGGUUAGCAGCCCCGAGUAACCUUUCCAUGAACCAGAAUCUUGAAGGUCAUAGUGGUGCUGUUCAAGUUGUGACAUGGAAUGAACAGUAUCAGAAGUUGACUACCAGUGAUCAAAAUGGGCUUAUCAUUGUCUGGAUGUUGUAUAAAGGCUCCUGGUAUGAGGAGAUGAUCAACAAUCGCAAUAAAUCAGUGGUCCGAAGCAUGAGCUGGAACGCGGAUGGUCAGAAGAUCUGCAUUGUGUAUGAAGACGGGGCUGUGAUAGUCGGCUCAGUAGACGGGAACCGGAUUUGGGGAAAAGACCUGAAGGGUAUACAGUUAUGCCACGUGACCUGGUCUGCAGAUAGUAAAAUCUUACUUUUUGGAAUGGCAAAUGGAGAAAUACACAUUUAUGAUAACCAAGGAAAUUUCAUAAUGAAAAUGAAACUGAACUGCUUGGUGAAUGUCACCGGAGCGAUCAGUAUCGCCGGGAUUCACUGGUACCAUGGCACGGAAGGCUACGUGGAGCCCGAUUGCCCAUGCCUGGCGAUUUGUUUUGACAAUGGGAGGUGCCAAAUAAUGAGACAUGAGAAUGACCAAAACCCGAUUUUGAUCGACACGGGCAUGUAUGUGGUUGGUAUCCAGUGGAACCACAUUGGCAGUGUGCUUGCUGUGGCAGGCUCUCAGAAAGUCGUCACUCAGGACAAGGAUGUCAACAUUGUGCAGUUUUACACGCCAUUUGGUGAGCAUCUAGGUACUUUGAAGGUUCCGGGAAAGCAGAUGUGCUCACUGUCUUGGGAAGGAGGUGGACUAAAGAUUGCUCUAGCCGUGGACUCCUUCAUUUAUUUUGCAAAUAUUCGACCUGAUUAUAAGUGGGGCUAUUGUUCAAACACCGUGGUUUAUGCGUAUACCCGACCCGAUCGUCCUGAGUACUGUGUUGUCUUUUGGGACACAAAGAACAACGAGAAACAUGUUAAAUACGUGAAGAGUCUCAUUUCCAUCACGACUUGUGGCGAUUUCUGCAUCUUGGCUACAAAAGCGGAUGAAAAUCACCCUCAGGAGGAGAAUGAAAUGGAGACGUUUGGUGCAACGUUUGUGUUAGUUCUUUGCAAUUCUAUUGGCACACCCUUGGACCCUAAAUACAUUGACCUUGUACCACUCUUUGUUGCAAUGACCAAAACCCACGUGAUAGCAGCUUCCAAAGAAGCGUUUUAUACCUGGCAGUAUCGUGUGGCGAAGAAGCUCACAGCGUUGGAGAUUAAUCAGAUCACACGGUCACGAAAAGAAGGGAGAGAAAGAAUUUAUCACGUUGAUGAUGUUCCUUCUGGAUCUGUGGAUGGGGUGUUUGAUUAUAGUAAAGCCAUUCAAGGUACGAGGGAUCCAAUUUGUGCCAUUACUGCAUCUGAUAAGACAUUGAUUGUGGGGCGUGAAUCUGGCAUCAUCCAGAGGUACAGCUUUCCUAAUGUUGCUUUGAUUCAAAAAUACUCGCUGGAAUGCCGAGCCUGCCAGUUAUCUUUGAACUGCAACUCCAGUCGCCUCGCUAUCAUCGACAUCGCGGGAGUCUUGACUUUCUUUGACUUGGACACUCGGGUGACAGACAGUACAGGACAGCAAGUGGUCGGCGAAUUGUUAAAAUUGGAGCGCAAAGAUGUCUGGGACAUGAAGUGGGCCAAGGAUAAUCCCGAUUUGUUUGCAAUGAUGGAGAAGACGAGAAUGUAUGUCUUCAGAAACUUGGAUCCUGAGGAACCCAUUCAGACCUCUGGAUAUAUUUGCAACUUUGAAGACUUAGAAAUUAAAUCUGUUCUUUUGGAUGAGAUUCUUAAGAAUCCAGAGCACCCUAGCAAGGAUUACAUAAUGAAUUUUGAGAUCCGGUCCCUUCGAGAUAGUCGAGCAUUGAUUGAGAAGGUUGGAAUUGAAGAUGCGUCUCAAUUCAUAGAGGACAAUCCACAUCCCCGACUUUGGCGCCUGUUGGCUGAGGCCGCCCUGCAGAAGCUGGACUUGUACACGGCCCAGCAGGCGUUCGUGCGCUGCAAGGAUUACCAAGGCAUCAAGUUUGUGAAGCGCCUAGGGAACCUGCAGAGUGAGGCAAUGAAGCAGGCUGAGAUCAUCGCCUACUUUGGCAGGUUUGAGGAAGCUGAAAGAAUGUAUCUAGACAUGGACAGAAGAGACCUCGCUAUUGGUCUGAGGCUGAAAUUGGGGGAUUGGUUCAGAGUACUGCAACUCCUGAAAACUGGGUCUGGUGACGCAGAUGACAGUCUCCUUGAACAAGCCCACAAUGCCAUUGGAGACUACUUUGCUGAUCGACAAAAGUGGCUGAAUGCUGUACAGUAUUAUGUCAAAGGCAGGAACCAGGAGCGCUUAGCAGAAUGCUAUUAUAUGCUAGAAGAUUAUGAGGGGCUAGAGAAUCUUGCCAAUUCACUUCCAGAAAACCACAAGUUGCUUCCAGAAAUAGCUCAGAUGUUUGUGAGAGUUGGAAUGUGUGAACAAGCCGUGAGCGCAUUCUUGAAGUGUAACCAGCCCAAGGCAGCGGUGGACACCUGCGUACACCUCAACCAGUGGAACAAGGCUGUGGAAUUGGCUAAAAGUCACAGUAUGAAGGAAAUUGGAUCUCUAUUAGCUAGGUAUGCGUCACAUUUACUGGAGAAGAACAAGACUCUGGAUGCCAUUGAGCUCUAUAGGAAAGCCAGCUACUUUUUUGAUGCAGCUAAACUGAUGUAUAAGAUUGCAGAUGAGGAGGCGAAGAAGAGAGCCAAGCCUCUGCGUGUGAAGAAGCUGUACGUCCUGUCAGCCCUGCUCAUCGAGCAGUAUCACGAGCAGAUGAAAAAUGCCCAGCGAGGGAAAGUCAAAGGGAAGAACUCGGAGGCCACUUCCGCUUUGGCUGGCUUGCUAGAAGAGGAAGUUCUCUCUACAACUAGUCGGUUCACAGACAAUGCCUGGAGAGGAGCCGAGGCCUACCACUUCUUCAUACUCGCCCAGCGGCAGCUCUACGAGGGCUACGUUGACACUGCGUUGAAGACAGCUCUUCAUCUGAGAGACUAUGAGGACAUCAUCCCCCCCGUUGAGAUCUACUCGUUGCUGGCGCUCUGUGCUUGUGCAAGCAGAGCUUUUGGGACCUGCUCAAAGGCUUUUAUUAAAUUGGAAUCGUUGGAAACACUCAGUGCAGAACAGAAACAGCAGUAUGAAGACUUGGCUCUGGAAAUCUUCACCAAACACACACCAAAAGACAACAGGAAGUCCGAGUUGAACAGCCUUCUGGAAGGCGGAGAAGGAAAGCUGCCCACGUGCCUCGCCACCGGAAGCCCCAUCAUUGAGUAUCAGUUCUGGGUGUGCAAAGUCUGCAAACACUAUGUCCUCGCUCAGGAGAUCAGUAACUACAACUUCUGCCCUUUGUGCCACAGUUCGGUAGAAUAAAGGACGGAACUACCCUAACUGUAAUGUGUGUGAGGCACGCAUACUUACCUGCACCUCUCUAUGGAGUAACGCUUCAUUUCCUUAGGCUCCAUCAUCCUGUCGCUGUACUUUUGUAUAAAUAUAUAUUAAAAACAGAAUGAGGGCUGGAGUGUAGCUCAGUGGUAGAGUGCUUCCCGAGCAUGCACAAGGCCCUGGGUCCACUGUCAGUACUGGAAAAAAAAAAGAUAGUUCGGGCAUCACAGUGCAAUGAGGAGAGAGCACUGGAUGACUUUUCACGUCAGACUUACAGGUGUGAACUUCAUUUCUCUAUUUCCUGUCUGUCCAUUUGUCACUUAUGUAGCUCAUAGUCUGUGGUGAGUUACCACAGACAUACCUCCACCAGGGCAAUUUUUCUCAUAUUGUCAAGGUUUUACUAGUUCAUUAGAGACCCCUCGAGAGGCAGGUGGACAUGGAGGAGGCAGGGGAGGGGCAAACCUGAGGCAGAGAGUCGAUAUAGCCUGUAUUUCAGGGAGGUGAAGCAACUGUUGUAUGGAAUGAGCUCUAUUUCUAUUUGAGGAUUAAAGUCUUCUGUAGUUUAUUUUCAUAACUGAGGAGAUGGCAUUUUAAGACUUUUUAUUAUUUGAAGUUUUAAAAAAUAUUUUAUCCUCAUUCACGAGGAGGCAUUUGGGACUUUUUAUUACUUUUCUUGUAAUAAACAUGAAUGAACUGA